UUCCCAGCCCAGCAGCCUUUCGCGAUUACUCCCCCGCCCUCCUGUGCGGCCUCGAAGGUCGAACAAGCUCACGAAAGCCUGUCGAACCUUUGCGAGCUCCCUUGCAAUGAGAUGCAACUUACAGUAAUCCUUCCAAGACCGCCAUCGCUAUGAUGAAUCCGGGAGGGCAGCAACAGCAGGAGCAGCGGCGGCAGCAGCUGCACCGUCGGUCACAGCACAGAUAGUUGAAGCCACUAGGGCCGCCAUUCUCGCACCGCCCUUUCUUCCCCCUCUUCCCCCUCUUCCCCCCUCUUCCCCCGUCUCCCCCCAUCUUCCCCCAUGGAGCGCACCUUUUCCGCCAGCGGGCGCCACAAUCACCCCACCUUCGCCUCCGCGCGCUCCCCCUCCCUCCGCCCUUCCGCCUCCCCGCUCUUCACCCACGCUUCCCGAGCUACCGCGCGAUCCCCGCCGCAUUCCCCGCCGCGUUCCCCGCCGUAUUCCCCGCUGUAUUCCCCGCCCUACUCCCCCGGCUCCCCCGGCGCUUCCGCCCCAUCCUCCCCGCGCCUUAGGUGCCUGUAUAUAACGAUUCUUAUAAUAGUCUCCUACAACUUAAGUUACGUAGUGGAGCAUUUAACUCUGUCGCUCUUAGGCCGGCCUAACGCGUGGUCGCGCGGCGGCGGCGCGCGCGGGGAGGAGGAGUACGGCGCGUACGGCGCUGACAGCGCGUUCUAUAACGCGUUCUCCGCGGCAGCUGAUAGCGGGGAUGACCCCCCCACUCUGGCGUCCUUCACGCCGCCGGACCUCCCCACGUGGGACCCCAACGAGGUGCAGGUGGAGGUGCCAGUGGUGUUCUACCACGGCCGCCCGGGAGCCUCUCCCUGCCACAAGUCACACUACGUCUAUAAAAUAGUGUCCGAGGCGCGCAAGCACAACAACGCGGUGCACUUCAUCGGGCCUCGGGAGUGCCGGCAGUUCUUCUUCCACAUGGGGGUGCGCUUUGAGGAGCACGCCGAGUACGAGGAGGUGUACGAGUGGUUCAUCCGCAACCUGGGGACUCCUGUGGAUGUGCAUGUGCGCUGGUUCAUUCUAAAGAAGUUCAUGGAGCGCCAUAAUUAUGGCCGCAUCUUCCACCUCGCCACCGAAGUCAUGCUCUUCGCCAACGCCUCCCAGGUGGCGGCGUGGCUCUUCCCCAACUCCGACCUCGCCCUCCCAGCGCGCUGGCCCAGCAUCAGGCCUCCUUUGAGACCCACUCAGUACUCCUCUGCAGGAGUGGGCACGCACAUAGCAUUGAUGUCCUACGCUGCUCUCGUUGACUGGUGCCUCUUCCUGCAUGCCGUCUUUGACUCGGCGCUGUUCGGCGGCGACAAGGAGAGCCAGGAUCUGGUGCUGCUGCCCUCCUAUGUGGAUGUCACCAUCAUGGGAUGGUACACCUUCGCUGGCUGCUGGCUGCAGUGGGUGGAGCCCCCAUGUGUUUCAGACGUCAAGCCCGAAACAGCCAAGGCUCUGCGCAAGAGAGGCAUUCAGCCGCGCUUCCGAGUGCAAUCCCUGUGCCAGCCACGGAACUGCCUCAAUUCUUCGUGGUCCAACGAGGGCCCCUGCGUCUUCGACAACAACUUCUCCCUCACCUCGGGCCGCCCCUUUUUCAAGUUUAAGACCGGAGACAAGUGCCCGUCGACCAUGCACUAUGCCUUCUACCGCGGGUGGGAGGAGGAGGCGCAGACGGAGCCAGUGCAGUUUCUAGCCGUGCAUUUCAUGCACCGGAAGAAAGAGUUUCUGAGCACCAAGUUUCCUCCUGAACCGGAGAAAUCAUGGGGUAGCGCUGCUGAGUAGCAGUGGUUAUGAGAUGCUUUCAUGCAUUUUGCAGUCACCAUGUGCCAUAUCCAUGGAAUGCAGGGAAGCAAGCAAGAACAUCAGGUUCGAGAUGGUGGGAUGGGAGGUACAUGUAUGAGGCUGUGAAAGCGCAUCAUACGAGGCAACUGUGAAGUCAACUCUCUACAGCCUCAUUCGGCCAGGUCUCUUUUGCACUGAGCAGAGGUUAACACAAGCACGAAGACAAUUUUCACGCAACGACCAACGCACGCGAAGUCAAAUUGAAAGCUCAGCAAUGUGUGACUGCACAACCAUGGCACUACAACCCAACCGACACCACCCCUACCCCAUUAGCCCAUCGUUACCCCCCCGAAACCUCCCUCCCUCCACCCUUUAUUCCUCCUCAUCGUCGCGCUCCGGCCAGCAGCAGUCGUCCUCCUCCUCACAUUCGCUGUCAAAGCCGUACUCGUGGUCGAUCAAGCCUCCGAGUGUCUCGCCGUGUGAGCAACGGGCACUCACUGAUGUAACACUCACGCAGCGUCGGCAUUCGCCGAAGGGAAUUCGGCAGCCGAGCCAGCCGCUUGCAGGCGAUCAGGAAUCCCCCGCCUGGAGCGCCGUGAGAGCAAAGGGCAUUCAGUGACCGAGCAAUCACGCAGCAUCGGCAUUCCCCGGAGGGACGGCAACCGAACAAGCUGCUUGCAGACGCUCACUUCCAGCACCUGCAACCGAGGCAGCUGAGCGAACGAGUGAGGCAAGCUGCGCAAAUGCUUCAGUCCCAGGAGCACCAAUUCCUUGAGGGAAGAAAGCUUCCAGAAGUCAUUCGGAAUGGAGGAAAUACCGAGCUUGAUAAAAGUGCAGGUCUGCAGCCUGGACAGGCUCGUAAAGGAUUCUGGAAGUCGCAUCAGUUUAAUACAGUCAAUGAUUUCCA